AUGAGUGCUGCGGCGUUGUCUGUAGUGGUGGUGGUUGUUUUCUUCCUGGCCCUGUACCUCCUUCAGCGCUAUGGGGAUUUGUGGAAGCAGCAGCGAAUGGUUUUGUUUGGGACGCUUCUGUCCUGGUACCUCUGCUUCCUCAUCGUAUUCAUCCUGCCACUUGAUGUCAGCACGACCGUUUACAAUCAGUGCAUUUAUGACAGUUCGAACCACACUCCUUCUUUUUCUCAAGCUGGACAGAUUGAUCAGCCCAAAACCAGUUCAUUGUCUCAUUCAUCACUAAGUGCAACAAAGACGUGUGAAAAGCCCUGGAGUUAUAUUCCAGAUGAUGUGCUGCCCAUCUUUUGGAGAGUAGUUUACUGGACUUCCCAGUUUCUCACAUGGCUGCUGUUGCCAUUUAUGCAAUCUUACGCGCAGUCAGGAGCUUUUUCUAGGGUCGGAAAAAUUAAAACAGCUCUCAUUGAAAAUGCUAUUUAUUAUGGCACCUACCUCCUCAUCUUCAUCUUCCUGCUGAUCUAUGUGGCUGCUCACCCAAAGUGGAAACUCAGAUGGACAGAGAUCCAGACCAUCUGUAUCACAGCUGCCAAUACCUGGGGUUUGUUCCUUUUGGUGCUGUUGCUAGGAUACGGCCUAGUGGAGAUACCACGUUCUUAUUGGCUCUCAUCUUCCCAUGAAUUCUUACUGGCCAAGACUUACUUUAAAGUAGCAAAACUGGCAACUGAGAAGGCAUCGGCUGAGGAGAAUCUUGCUGAUGUUAUGGAGGAAGUUGCUGAUGUCCACGAGUCAGUCAGAUUCAACCAUAUCUUCAAGAAACACAUAGACACCAUUUUGACAAAGUGUCCUGUCAAGUACCAGGAAGAGAUGGGGAGAAAUGUGGACAGCUCUCAACGUGAACACAUUUCACUUCCCACUAAAAGUGGCUUAAUUAAACUUCAUAAAAAAGUCAUCUCUGCAGUGCAGAGACACAGUCAGACUCAGGUUCAAUGGUCCAUCCUGGUAGAUCAGAUCUUUCAUCUAGAAGAUGUAGCAAAAAGCCAGACCAGCCUACUCAGAAUCUUCACCCACAGCUUCCCUUCAGCCCACAGCGGCUGGAUCAGGAGGUUUGUCUACACUCCAACUGUAGAGUGGUACUGGGAGUGUGUGUUCAGACGGGUCAUCUGUAGGCUUCUGUCGGUGCUCCUGGCUCUCCUCUCUGCAGCAGUUGUCUGGUCUGAAUGCACCUUCUUCAGCACACACCCUGUCCUCUCACUGUUUGCUGUCUUUGUUCAGAAAGCUGAACAGCAUCACAAUUACCUUUGUAUUGAGAUGGUGUGCUUCAUUAGCAUCCUCUUCAUGUGCGUGUGUGUGUACUCCACAGUGUUCAGGAUACGAUUUUUUAACUACUAUCACCUGGUGCCACACCACCAGACCGAUGCUUACAGCCUGCAGUUCAGUGGCAUGCUGUUUUGUCGUCUGACUCCUCCACUGUGUCUAAACUUCCUUGGCCUGAUUCAUAUGGAUUCUGCCAUCUCACACCAAGACAGAAUCCAGACAUCUUACACCUUUAUUAUGGGCUCCAUGCGGCUGCUGCCUGUCAUAUCUGAUGGGUUCUACAUCUACUACCCCAUGCUGGUGCUGCUGCUCUGCAUUGCCACAUUUUUCAAUCUGGGCUCCCGCUGUUUGAACCUCCUGGGCUUCCAUCAGUACAUUACUGAUGAUGACUUGACCUCUGACCUGGUGGAGGAAGGCAAAGAACUCAUCAGAAGAGAAAGAAGAAAAAGACAGAGAGCAGAGGACGGAGAAAAUCGAAGAUGGGCCUGGAGGGAACGAUAUGCAACCCAAGCAGCCACAGGACAGACCAAAGCUGGUUAUGCAGAACUGAAGGAGGAUCAGAACAAACCUGAGAGCCACACAGAUGUCAACAGAAGAGAUGGAAGUGCAGAAGAACAGCACACACGUUUACUGCAAGACGACUUCAGUGAUGAAGGUUUAUCAAGCAGAAGAUCCACUGGUGGACGGUACCGAUCACUGUCCCCCUCGCUAACAAACCUCUUUGGUGAUGUUUGAUAGACGGAGAAUAUGAAAGCAGAACGUUAAAUAAAAUAUAUACUCAAAAUAAGACAAAUCA